CCAAUGAAAGAGACUCUCAACCGUCACACCGCCAAGCUUCUGAUUUAGGUUUUCAUCGCUUCUGAUUUAGGUUUUCAUCAACGAAAAUGGCGAAUAACAACGUACCAAAGACGAUGAUGAAGAAGGAAACAUCUCAAGGAUUACUCCUCGGUCGAUACGAGAUCGGCAAACUUCUCGGCCAUGGAACCUUUUCCAAAGUUUACUAUGCUAAAAACGUAAUCAACAACGAAAGUGUCGCUAUUAAAGUAAUCGACAAAGAAAUGAUCCUCAAAUCCGGUUUAAUCGCUCAUAUCAAACGCGAGAUCUCAAUUCUCCGUCUCGUACGUCAUCCAAACAUUGUUCAAUUAUUCGAAGUUAUGGCAACAAAAACUAAGAUUUACUUUGUAAUGGAGUAUGUUAAAGGCGGUGAACUUUUCAAAAAAGUAGCUAAAGGUAGAUUGAAGGAAGAUGUUGCUCGUAAGUAUUUCCAGCAGUUGAUUUCCGCAGUUGGGUUCUGUCAUAAUCGCGGCGUUUAUCAUCGCGAUCUGAAACCGGAGAAUCUUCUUCUCGAUGAGGAAGGCGAUUUGAAGGUAUCUGAUUUCGGUUUAAGCUGUGUUUCUGAUCAGAAUAGACAGGAUGGAUUGUUUCAUACGUUUUGUGGUACUCCGGCUUAUGUUGCACCGGAAGUUCUUGCUAGAAAAGGAUAUGAUCCUGCUAAGGUAGAUAUUUGGUCUUGUGGGGUUGUUUUGUUUGUUCUUAUGGCUGGUUAUUUACCUUUUCAUGAUAUGAAUAUUAUGGUCAUGUAUAAGAAGAUUUACAGAGGGGAAUUUCGUUGCCCUAGAUGGUUUUCACCUGAAUUAACUCGAUUUCUUAGGAGAUUACUUGAUAUAAACCCUGUAACUAGAAUCACAAUUCCGGAGAUUAUGAACAAUAAGUGGUUCAAGAAAGGAUUCAAGCAUAUCAAAUUCUAUAUAGAAGAUGAUAAAUUGUGUAAUGUUAAUGAAGGUGAGUCUGAAUCAUUAUCUGAUCAAUCGGUUUCAGAAUCAGAUACUGAAAUGGAACCAAGGAGAAGGGUUGGCAAUUUGCCAAGGCCGGCAAGCUUGAACGCGUUUGAUCUUAUAUCUUUCUCCCCUGGUUUUGAUUUGUCUGGAUUGUUCGAGGAAGGUGGAGGGGAAGGGGAGAGGUUUAUAUCUGGCGCACCGGUUGCUAAGAUUAUAUCGAAAUUGGAAGAGAUUGCGAAGGUGGUGAGUUUUGCAGUUAGAACAAAGGAUUGUAGAGUGAGUUUGGAAGGGUCUAGACAAGGAAGGAAAGGGAAUGGUCCAUUGACAAUUGCUGCUGAGAUAUUUGAGUUAACGCCUGAAUUGAGAGUUGUGGAGGUGAAGAAGAAAGGAGGAGAUAAAGGAGAGUAUGAUGAUUUCUGUAAUAGAGAAUUGAAGCCUGGUUUGCUUAACCUUAAGGAUGAUCAUGAAGAACAUGAAUUGAAUUCUUCUUCUAUUCGUCAUGUCUAUUCUUCUCCAAAUUUCCGGGUUUUGGAUGAUGAUGAUGAUGAUGAUGGAGGAUCAUCCCAUUUGAUAAUCUGAUGUUGAGUAAAGAUCAAAAAAAGGUAACCCACAUACAAUAAUUUAGCUUUGGCCUUUGUGUAUAGUAUAGUGUAACUUUGUACCAGAUAGUUUAUGUUCUUGGAGAAUGUUUGCAUAUGUACCCAUUCAUGUUGUAAGAUGUUUAAAUGCUAAAUGAUCAUUGCUUGA